AUGAUAAUCUACUUUUUCAGAGCCGAAGCAAGGGAAGAAGAAGAAGAAGAAGAUGGUGUCUGGGUCAGGGAUAUGCGCGAAGCGCGUUGUCGUCGACGGGCGACACCACAUGCUUGGUCGUCUAGCUUCCAACACUGCGAAGGAGUUACUUAACGGACAGGAAGUGGUUGUUGUCCGAUGUGAAGAGAUUUGUCUCUCGGGAGGUUUGGUUCGACAAAAGAUGAAGUACAUGAGAUUCCUUAGGAAACGUAUGAACACUAAGCCUUCUCAUGGUCCUAUUCACUUUCGUGCUCCUUCCAAGAUCUUCUGGCGCACUGUUCGCGGGAUGAUUCCACACAAGACCAAGCGUGGUGCUGCUGCACUUGCUCGCUUGAAGGUUUUUGAGGGAAUCCCACCUCCUUACGACAAGAUUAAGAGAAUGGUUAUUCCUGAUGCUCUUAAGGUUUUGAGACUUCAGAGUGGUCACAAGUACUGCUUAUUGGGACGUUUAUCUUCUGAGGUUGGCUGGAACCAUUAUGAUACCAUUAAAGAACUUGAGACAAAGAGAAAGGAAAGAUCACAAGUGAUGUAUGAGCGUAAGAAGCAACUCAACAAGCUCAGGACCAAGGCAGAGAAGGUUGCGGAAGAGAGGCUCGGAUCACAGCUAGAUGUUCUUGCCCCGGUCAAGUAUUGAAGAAAACCGACGUCUAUCACCUCAGAGUUUUACACCCGUUUGGUUGAAGCUUGUUUUGAUUUUGAUUUUGCAUCUGAAAUUUGGUUUUGUUAGUGUCAAAGUGAGAAUUCUCUCUUCUCAUUUACUCAUUGUUCUGCUAUAUACAACUUAUGUUGGUUAUUAUUUCAAUCAAAACAAUUUUAUUUCAUCUUAUGCGUGACACCACUUAAAAGAUAAAACGUCUAUUGAUAUUCACAAAUUACACCAAAUCUACACACAUACAUUAACAAAAACAGAGUUCAACAAUCAGAAUUAGAAACUUAUGGGAGAUGUGUUGAAGAUGAAGUAGGUGAUGAUACUGAAUCAUGAUCCUUGACUAUCUCUUCUUCCUUCAUCUCUUUGUGUUCUGCUACAUCAUCAUCCCUCACUUUAGUCUGACUAUUAUCCUCAAUGACAUGAACAUCAUACACAAUCGGUUCUCCAUCCUCAUCGCAUUCUCUCUUCUCGUUGUCUUCCGUCUCUUGAUCAUCAUCAAUGUGCUUGUAAGUCUCAAGUUCUUUCUCAAGAAAAUGCUUUUCUCUCUCCCUUUUAAAAAGAAUCUCCUUGAGAAUAUUCAUCUCUUCCUCAUCAUAAGCAAAUUUCUCAUCAAUCAUUCUCUCAUAUUGCUUCCCUUCCAUCUCAAGCGAAGCUUUAUCCGCUUGUAGCCUUAAAAUCAUAGCCAUAGCUUCAUCAGCUGCUGAUGCUGAAGCUGCUCUUUCUUGUUCCAAUUCAACCAUUAAAGCAGCUUUAGCUACUUUCUCUUGCUCAACAGCUACUUCCAACAACCUAACUCUAUCCAUCAAUUCCGAGUUCUUAUCUUUAUCAACCAUAGUCUUCUCUUCUUGUUCUUGUUCUUGUUCUUGUUCUUGUUCUUGAUGAUGUAAAACGCUUGGCCUAUUAGUAGUAGCUAGCUUCUGAACUCUGAGUAUGAUUCUGAAUGGCCAAUCAAAGAGAAGUUUUUGGAUGCAGAGAUCACUGUUUUGGUACCCGAUACAUGGCAUAAACAGUAGCAACUUCGAUGUAAUAAAGACGAAAGCUGAUACGCAUAGAAGACAAUAAGCAAAUGCUAAUUCCAUAAAAGCAACCAAAAUUCCAUAAAAUGUCAAUCUAUAACUUUCUUGGUAGUCCAUUUCUCUUUCUCUCUCAAUCAAUAAGCCUGAAUCUGAAUAUCCUAGAAUCUCACCUUGUGACUCUGAACACACACACACCAAAAAAUUUGGAGAUCUGUAAACAGAAACCUAAAUCAAGAAAAUCAAGAAAGUGGUAUUAGCUCUUCUAGACUAAAGAAACCCUAACGAAAAACCUUAAUACAAAGUCAAAGAUAAAUUGUGUAGUUGAGAAGAUAAAUAGACAAAGAGAGAAAGCGGAAGAGAAGUGGACAGAGAUGAAGUUGAGGUCAGAGUAUAACAUCUACCUGAAAGUCGAAGGAGAGAUUAGAAAGAAGAAGGAGUUUUUAGGACAGAGAAUCUUGGUUGUUGUUUUGUUUGUUUUUCAAUUAAAUGAAAUGAAAGAAAAGAAAAA